ACAACGAAAGUCGGUUGGUUUAUGGAGAGAACCAAUUUAUCGAUUAUGGGUUUUGAUGCUGAUGUGGAAACCUAUCUUAUUCCCGGAUUUAAGAUAUUUGAGCAUUUCUUUACAGUUCCACUAGGUAUCUAUCGUCUAUAUAAAACUCUUGAAUAUCGACAUAAUCUCACCAAGGGUGGUCCUGGCUUCGAAUGUUCUCUCCCAAGUUAUUCUGGUGCAUAUAGAGCUGCAUCCGCGAAAGGCUAUCAAUGGCUGUUACUCGAUCAACGUGGAACUGGAUUAUCGACACCUAUAUCGGCUGCUUCACUUGGAAAUUUUGAAACGGCGGAAGCGAAGGCGGAUUAUUUGAAAUAUUUCAGAGCGGAUUCUAUAGUGAAGGAUGCCGAGCUUAUAAGAAGAGAACUGUGUGGCGGGAGGAAAUGGAGUUUAUUAGGGCAGAGCUUUGGUGGCGUACCACCGCUGGCUUCCAAUCCAGAUCCAGUAUACAAGGCUCUCUACUGCCAGCUCAUAAAACGAAACUCUAUCUAUUACCUGAAAUACCCGAAAGACAUCCAACGAGUCCGCACCAUUCUCCGAUAUUUAUCCACCAACACUGUCAUCCUUCCUGACGGCGGCUUUCUUACUCCUAGACGUUUCCGACAACUUGGCAUCGCAUUCGGUGAGCAUGGCGGGUUUGAUGCAAUACAUCAAAUUGUAAUUCUCACAGCCAACGACAUCGAAGUUAUGGGAAGAUUGAGUUAUCGUUGUCUGGAAAAAAUAUCUAACAGACAGCCGUUCGAUUCUAAUAUUUUAUACGCAAUACUGCACGAGGCUAUUUAUUGUCAGGGAGAAAAAUCAAACUGGUCAGCAGAGAGAAAUAUGACAAAGGAUUUUGAUUUUUCUCUGGAAUGGUUGGAACAGAAUGAGGGCAAGCCAGUGUUGUUUACGGGGGAGAUGAUUUAUAGUUGGAUGUUUGAUGAUUAUGCUGAAUUGAGGCCAUUGAAGGAAGUUGCUCAUUUGCUGGCUCAGUAUGAGAACUGGGGCCCGUUGUAUGACGUUAAGCAGUUGGGUAAAAAUAACGUACCGGUUGCAGGUGUGUCUUAUUACGAGGAUAUGUAUGUUGACCUUAAAUUGAGCGAGGAAACAGUUUCCAAGAUUAAAGGAUUCAGGCAUUGGAUCACAAACGAGUAUCAGCACAAUGGUCUUCGUGAGGGUGGUGAACACAUUCUGAAUACUCUAUUCAGGAUGCUGCGAGGAGAUUACGACGGAUACAAUGAAAGUCAGGUAUAA